AUGGAGGGACGUCUGAUUGAGUAUCGUCCGAUUGGAGGUGGUCUCGACUACCACCACAACUCGCCGCUUAUUGGCGAAAUUCCGCCAGCUGGCGGUGACUACACCCAUGCCGUACAUCGCUCCAUAGAUCAGCUGCGCAACAGUCUGAACGAAAGGGUCGCUUUGGGACCACUCAGCGUCUUCUCGAACACGGCCGAUUUACGCAGCUCGGUGCUGAGCUAUAGCCAGCAACCGCAGCAUCAGCCACAACAACCGCAGCACCAGCAGCAUCCGCAACAACAGCAGCAACAACAACAGCAUCAGUAUCACUUGAGUGGUGGUGGCGCAGGCGCUGGAACUGAGACACAGACUCUGCCGCAUGCCAAGCAGCCGAAUGUUCCUGUGGCCGUGUCCAGCGUCAGCAGUCUGGAUGCCGCCAAUGCCAAGCAUGUGAACGAGGCCGUCGUCAGCAGCUCCUCCUCGGCGGGCAGUGCACCAACCGGCUCGACACGUGGCCGUAAAUCACGCAUCUAUCCCAAUCCCAACCAGCACAUCAUUGUGACCAGCAAUAGUGUUGAUAAUGGCGGCAUUCGCAUGCAGAAUGCGGCCCUUAAUGAGCGAAAUCCUCAAAACCCAACAGGGACUGCAGGUCCACCUAGCACCUCGAAUAGCUCCAUUCCAUCGUCCACCAGCUCGCCACAUCAUAUGAUCGAUGUGAAGGACAGCAAGAUCUUCAGCUCGAAGGCGGACCUGCAGCUGCACACCCAAAUCCAUAUGCGGGAGGCCAAACCCUAUAAAUGCACGCAGUGCUCGAAGGCCUUCGCCAACUCCUCGUAUCUGUCGCAGCACACUCGGAUCCAUUUGGGCAUCAAGCCCUAUCGCUGUGAGAUCUGCCAGCGAAAGUUCACACAACUCUCGCACCUGCAGCAACACAUACGCACCCAUACGGGCGAUAAACCGUAUAAAUGCCGACAUCCGGGCUGCCAGAAGGCCUUCUCGCAGCUAUCGAACCUGCAGUCGCACUCGCGCUGCCAUCAGACGGACAAGCCCUUCAAGUGUAACUCGUGCUACAAAUGCUUCUCGGACGAACCCUCGCUGCUGGAGCACAUACCCAAGCACAAGGAGUCGAAGCACCUGAAGACGCACAUCUGUCAGUAUUGCGGCAAAUCGUACACCCAGGAAACCUAUCUCACCAAGCACAUGCAGAAGCAUGCCGAGCGCACGGACAAAAGGCCACCCAUUGUGCCUGGCGCACCGGUGGCGGGUGGCGGUGCUCCCGGUGGCUCUAAUCAUGGUGUGAAUGCUGUCAAUGCUCCCGUACCCGCACCACCAAAUCCAACCCACAAUCCGGCUCAGCAUCAGCGCAAUCAAUUGGUAUUGCCGCCUGUUUCGAUCGCGCCCAGCGACAACAGCUAUUGGCCGAAGGUAAGUCCCGACUCGGCGGCGGCGGCCAAUGCCAUGGAGGUGAUGCAUCAGCAGCAACAGCAGCAGCAGCAGCAACAACAGCAACAACAACAGCAGCAGCAGCAACCACAUCAUCAUCAUCCGCAACACUCUGUGGCGGCGCAGCAACAACAACAACAGCAGCAGCAACAGCAUCACCACUCACAGCAACAACAACAACCGCCCCCACAGCACAGCAUGGAGGCGCAUUAUGCGCAACCAACCGCCCCCAAUAGCGCCCAAAGCAAUGGACAUGCCGCCGAGCUGCAGGCCCAUCAUCGCAUGCCCGAUCCAGUGCGCGAGGACUUAGUCUCGACGCCUUCUGCAACCACUGUGGGCCCUUAUGAUGCCGCCUCCAUAACGAAAACCUCCACCAGCAAUUCGGCCUUCACGCCCAUCAACUCAAUGCCGCCGCACUUGAACUCGCUGAGUCACCACCCGAUGGCGCAGCGUCCAUAUCUCUACGAUGCCAUCAGCUUCCCGAACAAGAAUGUCAAUCAGAAUAAUGCUAACGCCUUUCCCAACCAGCUGAUUUCUCUGCAUCAGAUACGAAACUAUGCGCACCAGCCGGCGGGUCUGAUGGCCGGGGAGCAUCUGCUUGGCGUUAGUGUGGGACCGGGGAAAGACAAAGGAUAGCUAGCGUCGUAUUUCUAAGUUCGGUAAGACCUACUUAUGAUUUCCGCAUUAACCCUCCGUCGAUUUUCUUAGCAAUAUUUGCAAUAUGCAGAUCGUAAAUAUGUUAAUUGUAAUUGUAAUUCCUCUAAGCGUUCCCCUAAGACGAGUAUAUACUGUACAGUAUUAAUUUGUAGCUAGUGUUAGAGAGAGUCCCGCGUGUA